UACCGCCUCUAAACGUCGAAAGCGUCGCGAGGACGAUUAUUGACUUUUUUUUUUUUUUUGGUGCGUCAACAACAUCUGUAGCUACAAAGAAACGCCUGAACACACUGACAACGAAACUUAAGGAAAAAGUUUUUGGGACGCUAACUUACACUCUCACCCAGUUUCUUCUUUUUUUUUCUUCUUCCUAACUUCUCGGGAAAGAGUGGGAGGAAGGAAGGAUGGGAAUAAGUCAGAUUUGAAGCAAGGGAGUUGACAUGUUUGAAAGCGCUGAGGGCUGAGGAAAGGGAGGAACUGCUUCUUCUGCCGUGUGUGUGUCCCACAAAGACGACUGUCUGAUGUCCAAGGAGACUGUGCUUCCUGCGGAUGGGCCGGCAGGGCGAGGAAAGGGCCCUCAGCAAGAGACACGUCCCCUGUUGUCAGCCACACAACAAGAUGCUUGUGACAGUGAAUCAUCAGGAAGAACACCGUCUCCCAGGAAACCAGCCACUGAAGGACAAAGUCACGUGACCAAGGAGAAGUCUAAUUAUUGCGAGCCUGUAAGAACUCAACCUCAGUCUGAGUCUAAGCCAGUGCCCUCGGAGCCUGACGAGGGAGACACCGCCAAGGACCAAAAUGGCAUCGGCCACAACAGCACUGGCACGCCUGCGCUGAGUAACGGCAACGGAAUCCACCCUGGCAUCGGCGGGGCCAGGGCCACGUGCACAUGCUCCUGUGGUGCCAACAUCAGCAAGGGUGCCAUGGGUGGGUCAGGGCCUGACCCAAGGGCAGCGGCGACGGUAGAGCAGCCCAGGAAGCAGACAUCUAUGCCCGUGUCGCAAAGGAUGCAGAAGAAGUUGAGGUCCAGCUUGUCAGUCAACAGUGACAGCAGCCGACGCAGUAAAGGCAGUUCCACCGGGUCGCAGAAACCUCCUUUACCAGAGGACUGCUGCGUCCACUGCAUCUUGGCCUGCCUGUUCUGCGAGUUCCUGACACUUUGCAACAUGGUGGUGGCGCAGGCCUCGUGCGGCACGUGCACAUCAGAGGCUUGCUGCUGCUGUUGCUGCACCGAGGACAUGGGCGACGACUGCAACUGCCCCUGUGAUAUGGACUGCGGCAUCAUGGAUGCCUGCUGCGAGUCAUCAGAUUGUCUGGAAAUCUGUAUGGAGUGCUGCGGCAUCUGCUUCCCCACAUAGGAAGGCCGGUGCUGGCAUGGACCGGGGUUUCUCUGCAGGGGAUAACUGGACCCUGGACGGAAAACUAGAAAGAAACUGCUGCUGCUGUCAUUUUGAAUUCAGCACCAGACAGAGGGAACCACAGUGUGCGUGUCUGUGUGUGUCUGUAUGUGUAUGUGUGAUGGUCAGCACAUGUGUUUGUAAUGUCUUUUUUUAAAUGUGUCAUGACAGUUGAGUGUGUGUGAAGUAGUGUGGUGUGGUUGAGGAAAGCAUGCUUUGAAAGAUGUAUUUUGACACUGGGCUUCUCCAUCAAAACCAGCUCAGCAGGGGCUAGAAGUAACUCCAGAUAAACUCGCAAUAUGAACAUGUCAAUUAAAUAUUCAGUGUAUAGUUUUCUGUUGUUAAGUAUUCUAUCCUUUGCGUAAAAAGAAGUACUAUCGCAGACUGUCUUAAAGAUUUUAUUGUUACAUCAGGAAUGCUGUCUAAUUGUAUCUUAUCUUGCCUCUUUUUUCAUUUUGAUGACUGAUAUGUUGCAUACACUAACAAAAAUGAUGAACAAAAUUAUCACAUUUACUCUGUUUUAGUUUUCAGUACUUGUUUUAGUUUUUUUUUUUAUGCUCAAAAACUGAGGUAACAAUCUUAGUACCGUACAACACUGUAAAAGGUUUAUGUGACAGUUCAUACAUUCUUUGUUGCAUACUGUAGUUUUUGCAACUCAGAUUUCCAUUCACACAUACCUACUGUAGCACUGUAGAACAGUUGAAACUAGUGAAAUAUUAAAAGGAGAAUCAGGACAUCAGAACAUUAGCUACUUUCUGAAACUGUUUUAGGAACAAAAUUAUUUUUUUCUUAAAUGUUUUUAGCAUUUUUGGGAUUGUAAGAGGCAUAUAAUUACAGAAAAAAACUGCACAAAAUUGCUGAUAAGCUCAUAUUUGUUUACUAAAUCUUACUAAGUGCUGGAAUGUGUAUGAAAACUUUUUGACCAAAGAAUCUCAUCUCGCAACUCCUGAUCUGGCAGUAUUUGAAGCCUUGGGUUGACUGGAAAUACAGUGCAUACAUUUGAAUACAAAGUGUUAGUUUUCUGCAGUGUUAAGAUAUAUAGUUUGUACAGUCGUAUGUCUUUAUUUCUAUGAGAGUCCUCUAAUGUCAGCCAUCAAUGAUUAGGCUUUGUCGGCUGCAUAUGGUACAAGCCUUUUCUGUGAUGCUAUUUUACAUACAUACUGUGUAAGUAUGACUUGUUGAACUGCACUCUGUUCAUGAGGGGUGUGAUAAGGAAUUAAAAAAUGGUGACCCUGGUUGCCAUAUAAGCGGCUUUCGGGUAUCAAGCCCAGUGACUCACAAUACAAAAAAGGGAAUCAUGAACUGUCAUGUUGAAAUGGUAAACUAAUGCAGGGUAAAGGCAGUUUUCUUCUCCUUUUUUCCCCAGUUCCCUUAAUUCUGUGUAUCUCGAGAUGAGUUUGUGGUGAAUCACCAGUGGAGUCAUUUUCAGAUCCGCUUUGAUGUUGUUUAAGUGAUGAUACUUAAUACUGGCCCUCAUUAGCACUACUUGCUAAAUGGUAACAUAAAAUGUCCCUUCCUAACGCCAAGAAAGAUAAUGUGCUGUCAUGUGCAGCUCGUCUUAAUGGCGCGCUGUUAUUGUGUAUAAGGAAGUUGGAUAGGCACCUCUGCAGCAGAUAAUGUGCAGAAAGUAAACCUCAUUUUCAUGUUUAUGAUUAACUCAAGCCACAAGUUUGUUACAGGCUAAAGAGUGUCAAGAAAACACUAUAUAGAUAAUGUGAAGAAUUUAUCUACAAGAAAAAUUGUAUACAUGUAGCUACAGUAGUUUUCCUUCUAUAUUAUACUGUUUUUUUCCCAGUUCUGUACCUUACACUUGAUUCUUUUCAUUCUCGUCUUGAUGCAUCCUCUCUCAAGUUGGAGUCCAUAGCUCAUUUUAUUAGUUUUAUACAUUAUCUGCAAUCUCAAAGAGAACAUUUUCUAAAAUAAAAUAAAAAAUAUAUUAAAGUA